UAUCUAGUAAUACCUGCUAAUACUCAGCGAUAACAGCCCCGACUUAUCUGCUGUAUCACGUCGUAACGAUAAAUAUUAAAAUCCACACGUAUCUCCAUUUUUUUAAAACUGUUAUUUUACAGCUAGGCGUGAUUUCAAAACGAAUCUUACGAAUCUAGAUAGUGUAGUGAGUUAUAUUAGUAAAAAAACAACCAAGAAAUGGAAGAAAAUGGUGAAGAAUCAGUCCAGCAAUCCAAAGUAAGAAAUUUAGUUCAUGCCUACGAGAAACAAACAAAUUAUACGGAGUCUGUAGAAGAAUUUGGGUUGAGACCUAGAGCUAAAUCUAUCGGAAAUGCUCUCACUUAUAAACUAUUCCGAGACCCAAACCUAGAAUUUAAUACUCUACUGGAUAUAGAGAAGGAAAUUGUGAAAAUCGAUGCACAUUUAAACUACUAUGAAAUCUACGAAAAAGAAACUCAUGUAGCUUUCCAAGAACAAAUAUUUGAAGUACUCAAAGCCCUUGUAAGCGUGGAUCCUGAAGGUUGCGAAACGACCAUCCAGAAAAAGAAAGAGCUUAUACGCCAAACACAAAAACUGUCCAAAAUACUUAAUUCCAAACUUCCCUACGACAACAGUCGAUCAGGGUAUAAGUUUAGGAAAGGCCUGGCCUUCAAGAGGGAAGAAAAUACCGUUUCUACAACGGGCAGGUUUGAGAACCAUAAAACCUCUUCAUUCUCAAGUCAAGCUAGUGUCAGUAGUCUAAACAAGUCACUAGAGUCCUUACACUCUUUGAAGGAUACUACUGAUUAUGCUAGGUCAGAUGAAUUACCAGAUCACUUACAAAACCACGGUGAAAUACCUCAACCAGAUACAACUAUACAGAGUCUUCCAGAAAAUGAAGUGGAAGCUCCUAAACCGAAAUCCGUAUCCAGGCUUGCGAGGUUUUUUUCAUUCAGAACAGAAACUAAACCCGAAAUUAAAGUAGGGUCUUCGUCGUACUCUAGUAUUUCCAAGUCUGCAUCAUUUAGUUCAAAAACAAACAAAUAUCAAACUUACAAGAGCUACAAGGACCAGAAAAAGCUCACUAAAGAUGAGUUCAAUGAAACUGAAGAAGAACUUGGCAAGGAAGGUCAUGAAGUAGACAGCAACGAACAUCUGGAUAGUACCGAUACUAACGAUAAUAAAGUUCAACCAGAAUGGUCAGUUAAUGAUACGUAUGUCGAGCCCAGUGAAGAAACUGAGGACCAAGACAAUGAAGAAGUGCGAACAAAUAUAUCUGUUUCCAAACUGAAAAGCUUCUUUGAGGAAAGAAAGGAAGAGGAUAGAGAAGUUGCAGGUUUAGGGUUACUAACAAAUAAACGAACUAGAUUUAAUACGGGCUUUGAUAUACCGUACACUGAGAUGAACUUAGGACAAUUUAGGCUAAAGCGAGCUCUUUCAGGGAACUAUCUGAACUUUGGCGCUGGGAUACUGAGGAAGGUGGACAUUGAAAAGAAAGCCGAAAUGAAUAAAAGUAAAAGCACUUCAGAUCUGUUGGAUAGACAGCGAAGGUACAAGUUUGAUGAUGAAGAGUUAGACGAUGAUGUAACCAAAGAAAUUGAUGAUGAGGAUGAAGAAGUGCAUGGGGUUGUUUUGGGUAGUGAGCGAUUGGAUGAUGUUAAUAAUAAUGAAGAUGAAGAAGAAAUACCCAAAAAAGAAGAUAUUGAUCUUCAACAUCACAACGUAUCAGUAAAUGCACUGAAACAAACGUUUGAAAGAAUCAACUCACAAGUUGCAGAGUAUAAUGAAGUAAACAAAAUAAUACAUAGAACAACUAGAGGUCAUCAUCAUAAGAGUGAAUCAGUACAAAUUACAAACUUUGGUGGUGAAGAGCUUAGUCUGAGUAGGAAAUCGUCGCUUGAAGAUCCAAUACAGUUCAGGAUAGCAACCCAAAGUUCAGAAGAUUACCAUUCUGAAACUCCCUUUGAGUAUCAAACAAAUGAAGAAUAUUUAGUAAAAUCAAGACAUCAGAGUACAGAUGAUGAUCAUGAAGAACACAAUGUCAAUAAGAAUCACGAUGAAAUUUUUACUGAGAUACAAGAUGAAAUUGAGUCUUCAUCUAAAGAACAGAAAGAAGAUGUGCCUAUUUUAGAAGUACCAGUACAGUUGAGGAUAAGCAAUUUUGAAGCACAAGAUAAAUUAGGACAAGAGACUUUAGAAGAAGAAAAUACCAAAGCUCAGGAAAUAGAAAAAUAUAAUACUAAGAACAAAAUUAGUGAUAAAGCAAUACCUAAUCCUCAACUAUGUGUAAAUGAACAGGCGGACUUAAGAUUAGAUGAGAAUAAUUCAGUUAAUGAUUUUAUACAUGAGGAUAUUUCCUCCGAUCAGAAUGACGAAGAAAGUAGCGAAUUAUUUGAAGAAAACAAAAAUUCUUUAUUAACAUCUGCUCAAGAUAUAAUUAGUACGAAUAAUAUCAAAAUUUCCAAUUUUAAAGACACUCAAUUAAAAGAGCAUAAAGAACAGCAAAAUGUUAUUAUAGAUUACGAGCAAAUAGACGAUCCUAUUGCAGAUCAUAAAACUACAGAAGAUUCUGAUUCAUUGCUAGAAGUACCAGUAGAACUAAUAGUUAGAGAUAAUAUUCCUGCUGAGCAAAAUGUAGAACAUGAAAAAGAUAUCGAUGUAAUUCAAAUAACACCAGAAGAGAAAGUUCUUCAAGUUGAAAACACUCCAGCAAACAACUAUGAUUUAACUCAAAGGGAAGGAAAUAUAGAUGGUGUUGAAAAUGUUGAAAAUAGUACCAAUGAAGAUGAAGAAACAUGUACCAACCAAACAUCGGAUGAGAUACUGAAUGUAUCAGAUGAAUUAGAUACAACUUCAGAACAUGAACCAGAAUCUAAAUACAAAGAAAGCACGAAUACCAAAGAUGAUAACAGUGAAGAUAUAAGAACUUCAGUUACUGCAGAAAUAAGUAAUUUUAGCUCAGAAAACACUCAGGAGCUAACUGUUGUAAAUAAAACAGAAGAUUCAAAGUUAACAGAAGCAGAAAACAUUAAUAAUAAUGUGAUAUUAAAUGAAGUUGAUUUAAAAGAAACACCAACAAAAUUUGAAGUUUCCACUAACGAUACAAAGAUUGAAAAAGAAUGUACUAAUGAUACAGAGCAUGAAGUUGUAGGAAGUAGUCUACCAACACCAAAAAUUACUAAUUUUUCUUCAGAUAAUGAGGAGAAUAAAAAUGUAGUACAACCUGAUGAAGAUAGUGGUGUGGCAGAAGAAGCUCAAGAAACUGUCCAAAUUAACGAAGAUUCCAACGAAAGUAACUUAGAAGAUUUAGAUAGAGUUCAUAUUGAAGAAAUAGAGCAUCAUAAUGGUAUAGAUGAUAACUUCCAAGACAGCAAUGUUAUCAUUUCGGAAGCAUCUGACUUUGAAGAUGGUGAUAACAAAUCAUUGCUGGAGAUACCCCCUGAGCUGAGAGUUACUAAUUUUGAUAUAGAUCAUAAUGCUGUAAGUGUCGGAGUGGUCACUCCAAACUCUACAGAAUUAACUAUAUCAAAUCAUCAGUCUAUAGAAAAUAUAAAUAAUGGAUAUACGAUUUCAAACGGAACACAUAUAAGCCAGUCGUCAGAAUCCAUGAGUUUAUUAAAAAGUGUUGGGACACUAACAGCAUUAAAAUCAAGCACUACCUCAUCUAAAACUGUUUUGGUUGGAACAACACAAUCUACGUUUUCAGAGAAACAUACUAUACAUCAUAGUUCCACAACAUCUCAUAGAACAGUAACAUCUUCGUCACGUGAUGCAACAAUUUCAGAAGUUCACAGUUCUUCAGACGAUUCUAAUUUAGAGUUAUCUAGACAAAAUGGUAAAUUAACUACGAACAAUUCCAGCGCAACAACAGUAGUGACGUCCCAAACUAUACAAGGAUCGAAAAAAGUAACGGAAACGAAAAAUACCAAUCUAAAAACGGCCAUGUCUCUAAACUUGUCUCAAGAAAAUAUCAUCGAUGAAAUUCUGAGUGAUAACGAUAAUAUUGAAAAUUUAGACGAAGAGUUUGAAAGUCUAGUACUAGAAGAUAAUAAAUAAAUAUAAACAUACUUAUUAUUUUUGUAUAGGAAUGUAUCUAAGUUAUUGCAAAUUUUCUUUGUGUUUUGAGUUAUUUUAUUUUUAUAUUUUAUUUCGUGCUCAUACUUAGUAAUUUGUUAUCAAAUUAGUUAAGUGCCAUGUUAAUUAAUUAUGUUUAACAAAUUAUGUUUUGGUAUG